AUGGAGAAUCAACCGAUCAAGUUUACUAUCCCUGAGGAUAUAAUAUCUGUAUUCAAUAAAGGUUUCGUUAAUCACCAAUCUGGCAAUCUUAGUGAAGCGUUAUCUUACUAUACACAAGCCUUGGAUAAAAUUCAGACGAUAUCCCAAAGUACAAGUGAUGCUGAUCUUGAUCGACUUCAAUGCAACAUUUAUCUACUUACUGUGGAUAUAUACAUAAAGCGAAGUGAAUGCAUAAAAGCAGAAAAAUUCCGUAAAAAAGCACAAGAACUAGCUGAAAAGCUACAGGAAGAAUUAUUAAUUGCUCAAUGCUUAGACAAGCAAGGUGGUAUUAAGCAAUUACGAGGAGGCGGGAAUGGGGCAGUGGAAGAUCAAAUGAAAUUUCAGGAUUUAAUAUUAAAUUUGUUAGACAAGGAGGGUGUAGAUACCGAGAAUUUUUUGUAUGUAGAUUUUACUGAUUCUCAAAGCAUAGCCAAGGUUCUUCCUAUGCUUGAGAAGGAACUCAAAACUGAAUUAUCAGUUUCUGGUCGCAAUCAUCUCGAUAUCAUCAAGUCAUGCAGUAGCCUAGGGGAUAUCUACCAGUGUCAGGACAAGAGUGAAGAGGCCAUUUCUAUGUAUGAGAAAUCACUCAAAAUUCAGGUAUCAGUUCUUGGUUAUAAUCAUCCUGACGUGGCAACGUCGUAUGAUAGUCUAGGAAACGUCUACUUUAGCCAGAACAAUUGGGAUAAGGCGAUUUCUAUGUUUGAGAAGUCACUCCAAAUUCGAUUGUCAGCCCUUGGUCAGACUCAUCCUGAUGUUGCCAAAUCAUACAACAACUUAGGAAAGAUCUACCAAAGUCAAAAGAAGUACAAAGUUGCUAUAUCUUUGUAUAAGAAAUCACUCAAAAUUAAAUUGUCAGCCCUUGGUGAUAACCAUCUUGAUGUUGCUGCAUCAUAUGACAAUCUCGGAAUUGUGUAUGGCGAUCAAGGUAAGCAUAAAGAAGCCAUAUCUAUGCUCGAGAAGUCGCUCAAAAUUCGAUUAUCAGCCCUUGGCCAUAAUCAUCCUGACGUUACUCAGUCUUAUAACAAUAUUGGUACUAUCUACAGAAAGCAAGGCAAGCUUGAAGAAGCUAUUUCUAUGCUCGAGAAGUCGCUCAAAAUUCGAUUAUCAGCCCACGGCCAUAAUCAUCCUGAUGUUGCUGCAUCAUAUUAUAACUUAGGAUGGGUCUACUGUGAUCAAAACAAGUAUGAAAAAGCUAUUUCUGUGUUCGAGGAAUCUCUCAAAAUUCGACUAUCAGUCUAUGAUCACAAUCAUCCUGAUGUUGCUAGAUCAUAUAAUAGCAUAGGCAUUGUGUAUAGAAAUCAGAACAAGCAUGAAGAGGCUAUUUCUAUGUAUGAGAAGUCACUUAAAAUUUAUCUGUCUACUCUUGGUAGUAAUCACCUAGAUGUUGCUGCAUUAUACAAUAAUAUUGGAAAUAUCUAUUACAAUCAGGGCAAGUAUGAAGAUGCUAUUUCUAUGUACGAGAAAUCACACAAAAUUAAUUUAUCUGUCUUUGGUCACGAGCAUGACGAUGUAGCUAAGUCAUAUAACAACAUGGCAGUUGUAUAUCAGGAGCAGGGCAAACAUGAAAAGGCUAUUUCUAUGCACAACAAGUCACUCAAAAUUCAAUUGUCAGUCUUUGGUCACAAUCAUUCCGAUGUUGCCAUGUCAUAUAACAACUUAGGGCAAGUUUAUUCCAUUCAAAAGAAGUAUGAAGAAGCCAUUGAGAUGUUUAAAAGGUCACUUAAAAUUCAAUUGUCAGUCCUUGGUGACAAGCAUCCUCAUGUUGCAAUAUCAUACAAAAAUCUGGGAAAUGCCUAUGCUCAUCUAUGCAAAUCUGAAGAUGCUAUUACUAUGUAUGAGAGGGCACUUAAAAUUCAAUUAUCAGUCCUUGAUCAUAGUCAUCCCGAUAUUGCCAAUUCAUAUAGUAACAUGGGGCAUGUUUUUUUUCAUCAGAGAAAGUUCGAAGAGGCUAUUUCUCUGUAUGAAAAGUCACUCAAAAUUCAAUCAUCAGUCUCUAGUAAUCCCCACUUAGCUGAAUCAUACAAUGAGAUGGGAAACGUCUAUUUUCGUCAGGGUAAGCAUGACGAUGCUAUUUCAAUGUAUAAGAAAUCAUUCAAAAUUCGAUUAUCAGUCCUUGGCCACAAUCACCCUGAAGUUGCAAAAUUAUAUAGCAAUAUAGGAAUGGUAUAUAGCGAUCAAGGUAAACAUAAAGAAGCCAUUUCUAUGUAUAAACAAUCGCUAAAGAUUCGUUCGUCAGUCUUUGGCGAAGAUAAUAUCGAAGUUGCUAAUUCAUUCAGCAAUCUAGCUGAUGAGUAUGCUAAACAAGAAAGUCACGAAGAGGCUAUUUCCAUGUACGAAAAGUUACUCAAUAUUCAAUUAUCAGUCCUCGGUCACGAUCAUCCCCAAAUUGCUGAUUCGUAUAUCAAUUUAGGGAACGAGCAUUUUAAACAAGGCAAGCAUGAAGAAGCUAUUACGAUGUAUGAGAAGUCACUCAGAAUUGAAUUAUUAGUCCAUAAAGGCGAUCAUCCCCAUAUCGCUGAUAUAAAGGACAAUAUGGGAAUUGUUUAUGCUAUUCAGAAUAAGCAUGAAGAGGCUAUUUCUAUGCAUAAGAAGGCACUUAAAAUUCGAUUGUCAACCCUUGGUCAUAAUCAUCCAAAAGUGGCUAUGUCAUAUAGCAGAAUAGGAACUGCAUAUAUGAAUCAAGGAAAUUGUGAACAGGCAAUUUCUAUGUAUAAGAAGUCACUCGAAGUAAAAUUAUCUGUUCUUGAUGACAAUCAUCCCGAUAUGGCUAGAUCAUAUAAGGACUUAGGAAAUGCCUAUUUUAAGCAGGGCAAGCAUGAAAAGGCUAUUUCUAUGUAUGAAAAGUCGCUCAAAAUCCAUAAGUCCACUUUAGGUGAUAAUCACACUGAUGUCGCCCAAUCAUAUAGUGAGAUAGGAAAUAUUUACUAUGCUCAACGUAAGUAUGAAGAAGCCUUUUCUAAUUACGAGAAGUCACUUAAAAUUCAAAUAUUAGUCACAGACUGCGAUGAUCACAAUCUUGCUAUGGCAUAUAAUAAUAUUGGGCUUAGCCUUUACGAGUUAGAAAAGGAUGAUGAAGCUAUUUCUAUGCAUGAGAAAUCGCUCAAAAUUAGGUUGUCACUUUUUGGUCACAAUCAUCACCAAGUUGCCCAUUCAUAUAGUAGUUUAGGAAUCUGCUAUAGAAGACAGGGUAAAUAUAAAGAAGCUAUUUCUAUGCAUAAGAAAUCACUUGAAAUUAGAUUGUCAGUCCAAGGUCAUAAUCAUCCCGAUCUUGUCAUGACAUAUGUCAACAUCGGAAAUGUCUAUCUUGACCAAGGAAAGUAUGAGGAGAGUAUAUCUAUGUAUAAGAAUUCACUCAAAAUUCAAUUGUCAAUCCUUGGUGAUAAUCAUUCUGAUCUUGCUGCAAUAUAUAAUAACAUGGGAAACGCCUAUUUUAAGCAAGGUAAACUUAAAGAGGCCAUUUCUACAUAUAAGAAGUUACUCAAAGUUCAAUGUUCAUUCCUUGGUCACAAUCAUCCUUCUAUUGCUGACUCAUAUAGUAAUCUAGGAGCUAUAUAUUGUGACCAAAAGAAUCAUGAAGAGGCUAUUUCUAUGUUUAAGAAAUCACUUAGAAUUCGACGAUUGGUCCUUGAUCAUAACCAUCCAGCAAUUGCAAGUUUAUACUUCGCCAUUGGACAGCUUUAUGAAGAUCAAGGUAAGCACGAGGAAGCUGCUUUAAUGCAUGAGAAAUUUUUCGAAAUUUUAUCAUCAGAAACAUUCUAA